UUUAUUUCCUCUCCACCUUGUUAUUAAUUAAUAUUUUGGAAUUUAUUCUUAGACAAUUUCUUUAACUAAUGCAAAUUACAUAAAUAAACACACUAGUAAAAAUAAAUACUAGGCAGGCAAGUCGAGGCAAAUAAUAGUAAUAAGCAAAUUAGAUAUUUCGAUCACAUUUUUGAAUAUUGUGACUUCCAGCGCCAUCUAGUAUUGAACAAAGUACUUAAUCUUUUGGUAGAAAUCGAGGUAAAUUUUUUUAAUAUGGCAAGUGGACUUAACUGUCAUUUAUAACGGUUGCUCAACACCUGCCGGGUUUUUUGUUUACUAUCUUCAAACGGAAAGUUAUGAAUGAAAUUUUGUGUUUUCGUAAUAAAUAAGACGUAUAACUCUUCGAUUAUUGUGUUUUGUGUGUCAUAAAAUCAGUUUCCUUAAUGUUGCAAGCAUUAUUUUGGAUUCAACAAGAUUGCAAUGGAAUCAAUCAACAACAACCAAUUUGAAGUAAUACCAGCAAAAAACAAGCGGAAGAUUGCAACACCUUCUGCCAACGCUUAUCUUAACCCAGCAUUAGACCUCCUUGCCAACGAAGACCCUAUGUGCAACACAGCUAUGGAAAUAGCACCAGUAAAGAAGAGGAAAAGAACCAGAAGUUGUAGUGAUAUUACUACAUUUGAUAAUACCGGUCUAGAUCUAGGUUUAUCAAAGGCAGCGGUCAACAAAUUCCUUCACCAAGAGCUUGAGAAUGUGAAGAAUACUGUUCGGCAUAAUACAGAGGAUACCGUAGCCAGUAUGGACUCUAACGAGCCCAUCUAUGCUAAUUUGACCGAAGCUCAAAUUCCACAAGACUCUUUUAACAUUACAAAUGUUACGCAGAACAGUGUCAACACUCAAAUGUUGAUACAAAAUAAUGAAACUAUGGAAGUUACUGCAACUGAUGAUAUGGAUUCAGGAAUCUCAGUAUUAGAACAGAAAUCUUUAAGCAAUAUGAAUGAUGACGUCAAGAUCUUAUCACCAAUAACAAAUGUACAAACGAACAUCACAAACCAAGUAUUUAUAAACAAUUCUACUAAUUUAAAUCUCAGUUUUAUAGACCGGUUAGCAUUAGACUCACCGAAUUUAUCAAACCAAUCACUUUUCUAUGAUGAUGAUUUGAAUGAAAGUAAUAUUAUGGAGAUCAAAACAAUAACUAUCAUUACUAAGAAGAAAAGGAUUAAUACUAAAAAUACUAAUCCAUUCCUAGAUCCUAAUUUAGGAACUGCGCCUCUAGCUCUACCUGACGCAAGUCAAAAUCCGUUUUUGAACCUAGAUGCCACUAAACCUGAGAUGGAAUACAGCGAAGAAGUUGUCAACAGGCCUGCGGUUGUCCCAAAACCGAUCGAAAGAGUGUUAGAGCCUCGAAAACUAUUUGGAGAUACAAACAGCACUAUUUCCACAGUAAAUGAAUCAUUAGAUGUACAACAAGAGAAUUUCUAUGAAAACAUUGACCAAUAUAGACCUGAGAGCCCAGUAUAUGAAAAUAUUGAUGAAGCAAAUGAAUUUAACAAGCAAAGCAGAAUAUUAGGGCAUGAUGUAUCACAUUUUAGCGCAGUAGACAUAAUCAAUUUAAACAAGAACGCACAUCAAGACUCUUCUAACGAUUCUAAUGACAGUAAAAAACAGAAGAAUCCUUUCUUGAAAGCAGGCAAUAGACUAUCAAAAAGAGUUUUCAAAACUCUAAAAAAGACUUUUAAAGGUGACAAAUCUGAGAACAAUGUCACCGUUAAUCCGUAUGAAGUGCCAAGAAAAGCUCCUAAACAGAAGACUGCGCCAAAAGACUCCGGGAUAGAGAAUCCAGCUCUAAAUUUGGAUAACUCAGAUGAAAUUGAAAUCGAAGAGAUUGAUGAACAUGAAUAUGAAACGGUAAAAACUAUAAGAAAUACACAUUUGAACAUGAAUAUUACACCGUUAAAGGAAAGAAGCGAUAAUAAUGAUAUAUCCCAUAAUAAAACUAACACGCCAGGGAAAAAAGUUAGAUUCGAUUCUACUUUAAAUCAAGAAAAGGUUAUAACGGGAAAUAGUUUUGAUUUCGAUGUCCAAAGUCCAGGGUUUGACGCUAAAAUCGAUAAAUAUCAUGAUGAAUUGGAAAAUUGUAUAAAUGAAAGGAAAUUUUUGCAGCAAAACAUGUAAGGCAGUGAGGACACGUACGGUUUAUAUUUUUAUGAUAGGCUUCAAGUUAAUCUGAAAUACUAAGCAUCAGUAAACAAGUAUGAUCAUUAGUCCUCAAAAGAAGUCUUCAAAGAGAAUAUUUUUUUGUAUAAAAAUAUUUUCUAUCCUUUUAUAGGAUCAGUAACAGACUGGUAUUAAUAUUUAAGAUCUAAUUUUGUAUGUAUAUGUAUUCUAGUUUUAAAAACUUAUCUUGUAGAAUAGAUAUGGCAAAAGUAUUAUAAAAAGACUUCUAGCCUUACCAACGCCGCGUCAAGUAAGUCUGUUGCAGGUGCGGGAAAAGAGAUGCUGCUCUACACUGUGUAGUGUGCUAUCUCUUUUCAACACAUGCAGGUCUAGCUCUAAGAUUUAAUGGUAGGUUGAACUACAUUUCAUAAUUUUAAUUUAUUUAUGGUUGUGAUUUAACCAUGACGUAUUUAUUUUAUGUCGUUUUGUAGUCCAAAGCAUAAUAAUUCCAAAGCAAUGACAUAAAUACCAUUUUCUGUAUUUAUAUUGAAACCAAAAUAUUUUGACGCUAAAGGUUGUGAUAAGAUAUUCCUAAUUU